UUUUUUUUUUUUUUCGUCAUGAGUCAAAGUAACUCCAUACCCUGUUUAUUACAAACUACAAGUGACAUGCCACAUUUUCAACCCCAAGCAGAGGAUAUUUUGACGGACGAAGACCUACUUGAAUUAUUUCGUAUUGUCAAACAAAUUAUUCGAAAAAAGCCUGAUGCUGAACGCAUGGCUAAAUUGUUCUUUUGCAUUGUGUAUGCCCUUGGGGAUUUGUACCAUUUCUAUAAACCCAUUCACAGCGAUUGCAUUGUUUUUCGAGACGAGUCUAACGGACAAGCAGUGACAGCCGACGUACAACUACCCAAUUCUGUCUCUUGUUGUCAAAAUACAAUCACCACACCUCCUCCUUCUUCUUCCAAUACAAGCUCACCUAUUCCUCCUGUGCCACAGAGAUUACUAUCCGUAUCUUAUUUAACAAAUCCAACACCCGCCAGUCCACAACAAAUGAGAGAAGAUAUUUCCACAGAUCAGUAUUCAGUGAGACCUUACACACAUAUCAGGCCCUUAUUCACAUCUGCGCCACCUUCAUUUCAACCACCCACAGCUCCCUGGUCUCCUACAACCAUUUCAGAAGAUCAACCCAACAGAUAUCCACAUUUAAAUACACUGAUGAAUGGCAAUAGUGAGGUCCUGAUGGAACCCAAGCAGCGUGGAUUUUAUUAUCAGGACGGUAGAAUCACGAGAGAACCCGCAUCUCUACAAAAAUUUGCUGAACAAGGUGUACUCACACAUGCUUCCCUGAUGCGGAAAAGAAAAAAACCAGAUAACGAAUUAUUUCCAUCAGAUUUGAUCACCUCACAGGUCGUGAAAAAACCCAAAAUACCACACAGACACGGCGAGUUUAAACAACGGCGUGACGAUAUUAUUAGUCGGAUGAGGACAAUUAUGAUGGCCGAUUUAGAACAAAAAGCACAACGAUUGCCCAGUCACUUUACACUAGGCAUUGAAAAGGUCAAACUACCAAAGAAUCUCAACUUGGAUAGUUUAAGCGCGGAAGAGACGGGUAAUUUACUAGCACCGGCAUUAGGGAUUUUGACGCAACACUCCAAUAUGAAACCACACCUUGACAAUGGCAUGAACCAAAAUGGAAUUUACUAUAACAACGAUUACUUUAGGCUCUACCUGGCCUUUGUUCAAUUCCAAGAUAUUUUUGCCGAGAUCUUUCCUCAUGAAGUGAUCAAGGGUUCUACCGAAGAAUCCCUUUCCUCCUCACCAGGAUUGUCAAUGUCAGAACGAGAUAAAGAUAGAGAGCGGAAUGCUAAUAUGAAGGCAUACCGAGGUUGGAUAGAACCGUUCUUGACGGAAACGAAUUGGGCUGCAUUUCGACGUAAUAUUAUGGUGGGCGAGAGAAUCAUGCAAUUAACCAAAGUGGUGGGACAAGGCAUCUUGCUUAUGACCAAAGAAUUAAGUGGAUCGAAAUUACACUUGACGUUUACAAAUAAUGAAUGGGACGAGUUCAUCAGUGGCCUUAGUCAGGGUCUUUGGGAUGAAACUAUCGAUUGGAGUCAUGAAGACGAGUUGACUGAAAAAGAAGGAAUUUCUUUAUUAGUCACUGAAUUAAAACUCAAGUUUGCCACUCAUUUUUGGUUUACCGCUGAAGGAUCUGUCGUCCCACCAGUGGAAAGGAAAGCCGCUAGAGCAAAACAACGUUUAAACAACAAAUAAUAACUACCGCCAUUUUAGAAAAUACCCCCCUACUCCCUCCUCUCUGUAUAUUAUAUAAAUAUUUUUUUUUACUUAUUAUC